UUUUUUUUAUCUAAACUUCAUUAAACUCCAAACAGCUCUGCUUCUCUCUUUUAAUCAUUUUGGAAUAAUAUAAGAGCAGGUUUACAAAACAUAACAGCAGUACAGAAAGUGGUGAUGGACGGUUCUCUCUCUCCAAAAUUGGCUUCAGAUGAAUCUGAAACUCAGGCUUCGAAAAGAAGGAAGGUGGUGGAAAGGACUGUGGUUACGGUGAAGGUCGGGGAAAAUGGUGGGAAGCUAAAGAACGAAGGUCCGCCUUCGGAUUUAUGGUCGUGGAGGAAAUAUGGGCAAAAGCCUAUCAAAGGAUCUCCUUAUCCCAGAGGGUAUUACAGGUGUAGCACAUCAACAGGUUGUUCGGCCAAAAAGCAAGUCGACAGAUGCAAAACAGAUGCUUCCGUGCUUAUCAUCACGUAUACGUCUACUCAUAACCAUCCAGGCCUUGAUCUCGAUUCCACCGACAUAAAACGGUCGCCGGAAGAACCCCAAAGCAACCGUAGUGACGAUGAUAAGCCCCCAACUCCCAAGCAAGAGCAGGUACUGAAAGUUUCAGACCAAGAGUCGGAAGAUGUACAGAAGGGGGCUAGCAAAACUAGCAGUGAUGAAGAGGCAAGUGAAGAACAUUUUCACUAUUCACAAUCCCCAUUAAAUGUUAGAGAAAAUCGCCUCACGACAUCCUCGACGCCAAAAUCAGGUGAAAAUGAUUUCUUCGAUGAGCUUGAAGAACUAUACCCAUAUCUUCAGCUUUCACAAGUUUCAUGA